AGCCGUGCCCUUGGGUCAUGCCGUCAUUCGUACGAUCCGUACCGAACCGUCAACACGCGCUCUCCAGAGAAGAGAAGUCUUCGCCACGUCUAUUCGUUUUUUAUUUUUUUUCGUCCAAGUUACGAAGUCACGUUACGAGUUUCCACAUUAUUAUUAUUAUUAUUAUUAUUGUUAUUAUUACGAUAAUAAUAACACGAUCGUGUGUGUGUGCGUGUCCGAAAAAAAUAUCGUUUCGAGUGCCGUUUCCGAGUGUGUCCACUCACGUCGAUAUUUUAUCAUAUUAUAAUAUUAACCACAACAGUUUCGACAUGCGUCCAGCCGCCGAACUCAGACCGUCGUACCGGGUACAGAUGCACAUGCAAAUGCAACAGCAACAAUAUCAUCAGCAACACCAGCACCAGACCGGAUCCGAAUACGACGAACAACCAGUGUCCCGGACUUAUCAAUAUAGAAAGGUUAUGAAACCGCUGUUAGAACGGAAACGCCGCGCCCGGAUCAACCGGUGCCUAGACGAGCUCAAGGACCUGAUGGUGGUCACGCUGCAGGCCGAAGGCGAGAACGUCAGUAAGCUGGAAAAGGCGGAUAUACUUGAACUCACGGUCCGGCACUUGCACAAGCUCAAGCGGCACAACGCUCUCGGCCUGACUGGCGUCGACUCAGUGUACGCCGACAAGUUCCGCGCCGGAUUCGCUCACUGCGCCACCGAAGUGUCCAACUACCUGACAUCCGACGUCCGGUCCCCGCCCGUCGACCCAUCAGCCGGUGUCAAGCUCCUCCAUCAUUUGGGAGCUUGCAUGCGCAAAAUCGACGUCGACUCCAACCGUUCCGCUUCCGGUAAUGCCGCCAACACUGCCGUCACCACCACCGCCGCCGACCAGUAUAGACCGUACACGCCGCCGUCCACGCCCGGAAGCGAGCUCAAAGAAGACCCGAAUUCCGUCUGCUGGAGACCGUGGUAAACACCGAGUGUUUAUUUCCGACCCUUUACCUCCCCCCCGUACCCAACUCGAUCCCACCAACGCCCCCGACUAAGACUGAUAUUCGACCCCGGGGGUCGAGAUAUUUUUAUGUUACAUAAAGACAGUUAUAGGUUAUAUUAUAUAGGUAUUAUUAUUAUAUUAUUGUGCGUAUGACUAUAUCAUAUUGUCGUUCGCUCAUUAUAAUAUUAUAUAAUUUAUUUUUUUUUCGAGAUAGUAUUAUUUUUAUGUUGUAAUAAUUUUUUUUCCAUUUAUUCGUUGACGACCAUUCGUUUUUUGGGUAUAGAGUAUAUUUUUUAAAUGUAUAAUAUUAUAAUGGUUGCAGUGGAUACGGCAUUACUACGGCUAUUUACCAAAAAAAAAAAACUUCAAAAAUACCUCUUUCUCUGUGCUUAUAUAUAUGUAUAUUAUUUUAAUAUAUAUUGCAUUGAAAUAGAAUUUAAGACAUUUUUUGAUUGUAUAAUGAUAUAAUAUGUAAAAAACAAAAAAAAAAAUGUAUCCUAUACGGACACGAUGCGUAAUAUUAUAUUAUAAUAUUAUGUAUACAUGAAUUCCGCGUUUGUGCGGAAGACAUAAAAAAAAAAAAAAAAAAAGCAUAUCUGUGAUAAUAACAAUAAUAUAUAAUAUGUGUUUUACUAGAAUACAUUAUAAGUCUAUUUAAACAUCUUAA